AAUGCUUCAAACGCUUCCGAAUUUUCACUUUCGGCUUUCACUUUUUCUACAGUGAUUUGCGAAAUUGUUGUCAGGUUGGAAACAUUAAUGAAUGUUGUUUUGGCCCCACAUUCCGAUACACUAAGCUAUUAUGCCUAGCAUUUCACCCCACGCUCCCGAAUCUUACACGUGACAUUUAUCUUGGUGCCUUCCAAAAUUGCUGGCAUAAACAUGCACUUGAACAGUUUAAUCUACUAUCAAGUCCAACCCCCUGUGAUCACGCUAGCGUUCCAUCACCAUUACCUUCAACUCGAGCUUUUAGAUUUCUGCAAUGUCUAUCAGAGUCUUGUAGAAAGCCUUGCCUCUUAGUUGAUAUCAUGCAGUUAAUUGAUUAUGAUCUCUUGAGAUCCGCUCAGCUCGAGAUUAGGGUUCUAACGCUGUGUCCUCUCAAGGUAACGGCAUCCGAGGACGACAUCACCAGUUCGACUAGUGCUACACGGAUUAAGUGUAUACUCCAUACCGUAUCACUACAUGCGAACCCUUCGUACAUUGCUCUCUCAUACACCUGGGGCGAACCAACCCCUUGCAAAACAAUACAAGUAAACGGCAAGGCUGUCGCUGUCCGAGCAAAUCUUGAAGCCGCCCUUCUACACAUUCGAGAGGAGAAUCGUCCAGUAGCUCUCUGGGUUGAUGCAAUAUGUAUUGAUCAAUCCAGUAAUGAGGAAAAAUCCGAACAAGUGCAAAUAAUGCGAGAUAUUUACGCAAAGUCUGAGUAUGUUUUGGUAUGGCUUGGAGUGGCUGCUCAAGACAGCGAUACUGCUAUGAAAGUACUGAAGGAAACCGGUGAGCUGGCUAUCAAGGCUAGAAUCUUCGAUCUACGAGGAAAGGACCUGGAGAAUUUAUCAAAUCCUGAAGGAGACGAUCGCUUGAAUAGCAUCAAAACAUCACUCGAUGCUUGUGCCCAAGCGGCUGACCUCACGCCAUUCCAUACAUCCCUGAACGACUUUUCAGAGCGAGAAUACUGGACGCGCACUUGGAUUGUGCAGGAAGUGAGCGUUGCUCGAGAUGUAAUGCUUAUGUGUGGCUCAAUGAAACUACCAUUCGAAACUUUCGCCGCUGCUUCUAAUUUCUGUGGAUUUACCAGAUUGAGGCUUGCGGAGAAUAUGACUAUUGCACAAUGGAUGGACCCAAUUCGGGGGCCUCUUAUCAAAGCUGCCAUGGCGAGGGCACCUAGUGCCGCUCCAAAUAUCAUCAUUGGGAUACGAAGGAGAUACCAGAGGGAGACUGGCAAUCCGGAGUCCUUCUUUGGACUUUUGAAGCGGAGCUGCUUCGAUCGAGGAGCCAUACACCCACUCAAAGCUACGGAUAGCAGAGACAAGAUUUAUGGCCUUUUAGGACUAGAUCCCUUUCCCCUUCAGCUCGGUAUAUUGCCCGACUAUUAUAAAAGCACUAAAGAAACAUACAUAACAACUACACGGGCAUUGAUUGUCAGCGGUAAAAUCAACAUUCUGGCGUGGUCACAGCAACAUAAAGUCAUCAAAGGUUUACCAACUUGGGUUCCGGAUUUUUCAUCUCCUCUCCGCGACCCCUGUGGAGAAAAUGACCGAAUAGGAUCUGAGGAAGCUAUAUUCUGUGCAUCAGGGCAGCAAGCAGCUUCAAUACUCUCCCACGAAAAUGAAAAUGUGAUGAGCAUACGUGGAGUAUUGAUCGAUACUAUUGACUCCAUGGGAUCCCCCUGGCGAACAAGUGAUAGUAACGAGUUGUUUAAUUAUGAGGAAGCAACACGCUUAUUCGAUGAAAUAGAAGAUUUCUGCAAGCUUUCAGAGAAAUGUGGGUCAACCCUGACCCAAGACAAAGAAAAAUGGCCAGAAGCAAUAUGGAGAAUCCCAUGCGCUGAUCAAGAAGGCAAGUCCUCAGGGCGAGUUAGGGCUUCCUCGGCAGUUCAUUCAGCUUACCUCGAAUUGAAACUACCGGAUGCAAAAUUUAAACACGCGUCGCUGGAUCGCAGACGUUACCAACGAGUAAUGAUGUCACUUUAUGACAGACGUCCGUUUAUUUCGACAGAGGGUUUCGUUGGACUUGUACCAGCGCACUCGCAACAAGGAGAUCUGAUUUGUAUCAUUAUUGGGGCGAAUUUCCCGUUUAUACUGAGAAAAACAACAAAUGAACAAUACGAGUUGGUUGGAGAGGCGUAUGUUUAUGGGACUAUGGACGGAGAAGGGCUAAAAUUGGGCAAGGAUGUUGAGGUUUUAAACCUUUGCUGAAUGUUGCACGUUGACAUCCACAGUGUAAUUAUAUCGCAUUAUUUUAGAUAUGAAUCUUGGCUCAACACUUCUUUACAUAUGACUGG